CCACUAGAGUAAAGGAUCCGGAUCGAGGACAGUUACUUAUCUUUAAAGAACUUCUUUUCUUUUUCUCUUUCUUAUUUGUUUUAUUUCAUUUUAAGUCUGUUUUUUUAAAUUUAGGUAAACAGAACAGUCUUUUAAGUACAGAAAGUGCAACGUGUCGUCACGAAGAACGCGAAGAAUACUUGUUCACGUAUUUACUUCUUCUGGCUUGUAGCUCGUAGCCAUCGUAGCUCUUGAGAGCCUUAAGAAAUAAUUAACGGACAAAGAACUUAGAUGCGGUAAAUUGCUGUGAAAGGCGUCCUUAUCUUUAAGAGCCGCGAUAAGGAUUCGCAUGGCAAUGAGCUGACUUGGAAGAAAGUGAAUCGCCACACUCGAGGGGGAGAUCGGACGACGGACGCGAGAGAUUAGGUUAGCGUGCUGGUCAGCUGAUCCAGUGACCGAGCGGUAGUGUAGCCGACACGACGAUUCGUCCUCUGGCAGUGUGCAAUUAUAUAAUUGUGUACAAUUAAUAUAUUUAUUAUGCGUUUGAUAAUCUGUGAUAACGUGGACGACGUCGCAGAAUGGUCUGCGAAGUAUGUUUUAAAGAGAAUCAAUGAUUUCAAUCCCAAUGAGAACAAGUAUUUUGUUCUCGGUCUCCCUACAGGAGGGACGCCAUUGGGAAUGUACAAAAAGCUCAUAGAAUAUUAUAAACAAGGCAAAAUUUCCUUCAAGUAUGUUAAGACGUUCAAUAUGGACGAAUACGUCGACUUACCAAGGGAUCAUCCAGAGUCUUAUCACUAUUACAUGUACAAUAAUUUUUUUAAAUACAUAGAUAUUGAUCCGAAAAAUGUGCAUAUACUUGACGGAAAUGCAACGGAUCUAAAAAAAGAAUGCGAUAAUUUCGAGAAAAUGAUUAAAGAGGCUGGUGGAAUAGAAUUAUUCAUUGGAGGUCCGGACGGGCAUAUAGCUUUCGGUCCGGACGGGCAUAUAGCUUUCAAUGAGCCAGGUUCGUCGUUAGCUUCUCGCACAAGAGUGAAAACUCUCGCGCAAGAUACUUUGGAAGCCAACGCGAGAUUUUUCGGAAAUGAUAUUAACAAGGUGCCAAAACAAGCGUUAACUGUAGGCGUCGGUACAGUGAUGGACGCUAAAGAAGUAAUGAUUCUUAUCACCGGAUCUCACAAAGCUUUCGCCCUUUACAAAGCCAUAGAGGAAGGCAUUAACCAUAUGUGGACAGUGUCCGCGUUUCAACAACAUCCUCACACGCUCAUAAUCUGUGACGAAGACGCAACUUUGGAGUUACGCGUAAAAACAGUUAAAUACUUCAAGGCACUCAGUGACGUACAUCGCAAAUUGAUUGAGGAAGAUGGAAAUGCAAUCCCCCGCCGUACAAUGCAAAACAGUUAAAGCGAACUUAUGGGAUAUUCAUAGCAAAUUGAUUGAACAAGACGGCCGACCAAAUUAAAGAUUUUACUAUCAUUGACAGUUUAUGAAAGUUGUAACAGAUUUACAAGGAAAAGAGAAGGGCAGAAAUAAUCGGAAGUUUUAGCGUCCAAAGCUAUAAAUAAAGUGUUUAAGUAUCAGAAGUCAUAUUAUACAAUAUACAUAUAUAUAUGUA